AUGGCCAAAAGCUUCGCAGACCUGGCCGCAGACAUCAACACGUCCUUUGACUGCCUUGUGGGCACCGUGGAAGAUGCCGAUGGCUUCGCCGUUCAGUCAUCACUCCAGUACAAGUUUCGGGAUCAGCUUGCUAGAUUCAGGGUAUGGUCUGGCGACACUGGUGCUCUCGACAAGGAUCAGGACUCCUUAGAGUCAAGGCUUCGCGACGCUUCGCACAUUCGCACGCAAAUCCUGGAGCUCCUCGAUGACUUGGACCAGUCUCUGAAAGAUGCGAGACACAUCAUCUCUUCCUUCGAUCCGUCAUGGAUUGGCCUGAAAGAUGGAGAAGAAGAUUUGAGUGAUGUUGAUGCCGAGACAGAAGUCACAGAGAUAGCAGCAGACAUCACCGACCUGAUCGACUGUCUCUCAAGGCUCUCCUUUUCCAUUCACAACCCGGCACCCCACGACCAUAUCGUGGCUCCGGUAAUGGCCAACGCUGCAAACAUUGAGCAGCAGGAUAUCCAGCACGUACGCAACGAGUUUCCCGGGAUUAAAGACUACCUCGCACGGCGUUUGGGAAAUUCCAUAUCCCGCAGACGAGAGUUUCUUCAGUAUCUCAAGACCGCCCGCCCCAGUUGCCGCAGUCGUAUAAGCACAAAAGAAACUGAAUUCGUACAAAACGCAAACACCAUCUUGAUUCGGGAGAAAGCAAAGCGCAUGAUUUCAGCUGGUGACUUGAGCGAUGGCUUGAGCGACGACUCCGGCUGUGUCUCCGGAGGCUCUCAAAGUGCGUACCAAACACCAGAGAUGACCCCGGGCAGAAACAAUGAUCCAACAGUUACCCGGGAGCACUCGAAUUUCGGAAUUCCUUUGACGAAAGAGGGAGCCGACAUAACCGUGGAUUGCCCUUACUGUCACAUGGAAGUUUCUGUGAAGACCGCAUCCUCGUUGAAAAAGCAUCUGUUGGAGGAUAUCAAGCCAUUCAAUUGUCUUGCCAAGGUCUGCACAAUCUCCGAGAACAGUUUCUCGACGCUCGACGAGUGGAUGCAGCAUAUGGUACAGAACCACCUGCGAACAUAUCGCUGUCCGAUGCUUUGCGAGAAGACGUUCACAUCCCGAUCUGAUUCCGCGAAACACUUGACUCAGGACCAUCCUAAUUCGGUAUCAGAACGACACGUUGAUGCACUGAUCAGGCUAAGUUCAGAACCCCUAGACCCAGACACAUCCGUUUCUUGUCCUUUGUGCCUGAAAAGUCUACCGUCACUGAGGAAGUACAAGAAGCAUGUUGGCAACCACCUGGUGAAGCUGGCGCUGUUUGCGCUGCCCGAAACUGGUAGCCCGAAACAACACCACGGUCAGGACAACGUUGGAAUCGAAGAAGUGACUUUGGACGCAGGCGCCUUCGUCAAGCGCCCCGUCUCUCCCGGUGAUGGACCCAGUCCCCAUGUCUCCGCCAAUGAUGAUGGAACGAAGCCGUCGAAUGAUAGCAAAGGCCUUGAUACCCUCAUAGGGGACACGGAACAACCCCCGCGUGGCCACUCUCAACAGCCAUCGGCUGGGGAGAAGCCUACGGGCAUGGAACCUACGACACAACGACCAACAUCCCCUCCAGGUGGUGAUCAGCAACCACCGAAUAAUGAACUGUCGCAAACUACCUCAGUAUCAAAAGCUAGGCCAAAGAAGUAUUUUGUCUCGAGAGACGGCAUAGACCACGAUGUCAUUAAGGCCGAUAUCUGUCUAUAUCUUGGACCCGACGCCACGGUACAGCCAAGUGUUCACCAGGCCAUGCUCGACGACCUCAAGACCGACUCCGCACAUUGGAAAGUCGAAAGAGUAUGGAUCAAACCAGCUGGCUAUGGCGAGUCGUUAACCCACGCUUCGCGUCGACGUUACCUUCAGACAAACCCCACCAUCUACGCAGGCAAUGGCACAAGAUCGCAAAACAGUGCCUCUAUGUAUCGAUCCCGGAUGACGUCGGAUCCCGAGCCUGUCAACAGAUAUGGCAAGGACCUCGGAUACGAUAAGACUGCAGCUGAAAUAUAUAAUAAGCGUCCAGGGGGAGGCUAUCCCUCCGCCUUCUAUCCAAACCCGACCCCAGCCCUGCUUCCAAUCCUCUACAAAAACAAACCGAUGCUCUCAGGUAUACAGGGUUGGGACGAUUUCGAUCCACAAGCCGAUAUCCCGAUUGCCGAGAUGUACAAGCCGAUAGGCUACUUCAACCAGGCGGAUGGAUGA